AUGGGACAGUCGGUCUUGAAGGUCCUGCACGAGUACAUCGCAGAGCAGGACAAGUCUUCAAAGGACCACCAAAUCCGUAACUUGAAUGAUGAGAUCGCACAUCAGGACGAGUUGAUCAACAAAUUGAAUAAAGAGAAAAAGAAUAUGCAAGAAGUGAGCCAAAAGACAUCCGAAGAUCUUCAGGCCACUGAAGACAAAGUGAAUCACUUGAAUAAAGUGAAGGCAAAAUUGGAGCAGACUUUGGAUGAACUGGAAGACGGUCUCGAGAGAGAGAAGAAACAGAGGGCUGAGAUCGAGAAGAAUAAACGCAAAAUCGAAGGCGACCUCAAACUGGCUCAGGAGGCCGUCGUAGACCUCGAGAAGAAUAAGAAAGAGUUGGAACAAACCAUUCAACGCAAGGAGAAAGAGAUGGCCAGUCUCGCCGCCAAACUCGAAGAUGAACAGAGUUUGGUCGCUAAAUUGCAGAAACAAAUCAAAGAACUUCAGUCGUUUAAGAGUUCAGUCCAAACAAACAACAAAAUGGAUCGAUACGAUAGUGUGGAUGAAAGUGAUGUCAACGUCUCAUAUUCAUUGCCAUUAAGAGAUACGACAAGUGAUACCCAUGAUUACCAAUACGUGAGAAGUGCCAUGCAAUCGAGCACAGGUGCCGGUGACGCCCUGGCCGACAAAUCCACUUUCUAUCCGUUACAGACAAAGGCUCGAUAUAUGCCUCCGACAUGUAAUCUGAGUACCGAAAGCAAACGGAUUGUCCGCCGGGCACAGGACCCUAUUUUACAGAACAGUCCCCGUGUCGUCCACUUUCUCUAUGAAGCCCGAAUUGAAGAGCUUGAAGAGGAACUGGAGGCUGAACGUCAGGCCCGAGCGAAGGCUGAGAAACAGCGCGCAGACCUCACCCGCGAACUCGAGGAACUGAGUGAACGUCUGGAGGAGGCGGGAGGGGCCACCUCUUCGCAGAUCGAAAUGAAUAAACGACGCGAAGCAGAGAUGUCUAAACUGAGACGAGAUCUCGAGGAAUCCAAUCUACAACACGAACAGUCUAUGUCUGCCCUCAGAAAGAAACACAACGACUCCGUCGCUGAACUCAGCGAACAGGUCGACCAACUCAACAAAGCCAAAGCCAGGGUUGACAAGGAAAAGCAACAAAUUAAAGGUGAAUUGGAUGACGUUAAGGCCAGUGUGGAACACCUGUCUAGAGAUAAG